AUGGUGUUUCGAAGAGUUACGUUUGCAGUUUUCAUAUGUUUCACUUGCCUACUUGGGAUUCUUUCUGAAGGAAUGGACUUGAAAGUUGAGGUGGAAGCUUUAAAAGCAUUCAAAAACUUAAUCGCCAAUGAUCCUUUUGGCGCACUUGUCAAUUGGAAUGGAGCCAACUAUCAUUGCAACUGGUCUGGGGUUGAAUGUGAUACAUCAUCUGGUCACGUCGUUUCCAUUUCUCUGGUCGACAAGCAGCUGGGGGGUGAAAUCUCUCCAUUUCUAGGGAACCUUUCCAGCCUUCAGGUUCUUGAUCUAACUCUGAAUUUGUUCACAGGAAAAAUCCCGCCUCAAUUGGGAUCAUGCACACAGCUUACUCAAUUAGUCCUUUAUCAGAACUAUCUUACCGGUUCUAUUCCAGCAGAACUUGGAAUUCUGAAAAAUUUGCAGACAAUAGACUUUGGAAAUAAUUUCUUGAACGGAAGCAUCCCUGAUAGCUUGUGCAACUGCACGGGGUUAUUACAACUCGGUCUCGUAUACAACAAUCUCACGGGGAUAAUUCCUUUGAAAAUUGGUAACUUUGAAAACCUUCUAAUUUUUGUCGCCUAUGAUAACAAUUUAGAAGGUUCCAUACCUUCUUCUAUUGGUACAUUGAAGGCAUUGCAAGCUCUAGAUUUAAGUAACAACCGGCUAUUUGGAAAAAUCCCUCAAGAAAUUGGAAAUAUGUUAAACUUGGAAAUGCUUCAAUUGUAUUUCAACUUUCUUUCUGGAAAAAUCCCUCCUGAACUUGGCUAUUGUACAAAGUUAACCUUGCUCAACAUAUAUAGCAAUCAGUUCACUGGUGGCAUCCCCGUGGAACUGGGAAAUUUGGUUAACUUAGAAGCCUUGAGGCUAUACAAUAACAAGUUGAACUCCACAAUUCCACACUCAUUGUUUAGGAUGAAAUCUUUAACUCAUUUGGAACUCUCCCGGAAUGAGUUGGUUGGUAAUAUACCUUCUGAAAUCGGCUCUUUGAGUGCACUAGAAGUGCUGACUCUCCAUUCAAAUAGGUUCACCGGUGAGAUCCCUUCAACAAUAACAAACUUGUGGAACUUGACAUAUUUGUCUAUAGGCUUCAAUUCACUGACAGGGCCACUUCCUAAGGAUAUUGGAUUCUUGUACAAUUUGAAGAAUUUAACCUUGAAUGAUAAUCUCCUCGAGGGAUCCAUUCCAUCUAGUAUUAUCAAUUGUACGCGUCUUCUUGUGAUAACUUUGACUAGUAAUAGAUUUACUGGAAAAAUACCAGAGGGAUUGGGGCAAUUGUCAAAUCUUACGUAUUUAUCUUUAGGGAACAAUAAAAUCUCAGAUAACAUACCUGAUGACCUCUUCAACUGUUCAAAGCUUGAAACACUAGAUCUAAGCCAAAACAACUUUAGUGGUACCCUCAACCCGAACAUUGGCAGACUGGUGAGUCUCAGAAUUCUGCGCUCGCGUGAUAAUUCAUUAUUCGGGCCAAUCCCAAGUGAGAUCGGUAAUCUAAGCCAACUGAUAGAUUUGGUGAUUCACAGAAAUAGGUUCUCGGGUCUAGUUCCUCCAGAACUUUCAAAACUAACACUCCUCCAGGGCCUUGCACUGAAUGACAAUGAGCUGGAAGGAUUAAUCCCAGAAAAUCUGUCUGAGCUCGAACAACUUACUGAUCUCCAGUUACAGAACAAUAAAUUUGUCGGGCCAAUUCCUCGUGCUAUUUCAAAACUUGAAUCAUUGUCUUACCUGGACCUCAGCGGAAACAAGCUUAAUGGGACAAUGCCAAAAAGCUUAGCACGGCUUAGGAGAUUGAUAACAUUAGAUCUCUCCCGCAACCAUAUUAGUGGAUCUAUUCCAGGGUCACUGAUUGCAAGUGUGAAGAAUUUGCAAAUCUCCCUUAAUCUCUCAUACAAUUUCCUGAACAUGACAAUCCCAGACGAGAUUAGCAUGUUGAACAUGGUGCAAGUUAUUGACUUGUCAAACAAUAAUUUGUCUGGAAGCAUUCCAAGAGCACUAAAGGGCUGCAGAAAUUUGAUCUCCCUAGAUCUUUCAGGGAACAAUUUCUCUAGCCGACUCCCCGACGAAAUUUUUCCUCAACUUAGUGAACUUGUGAACCUGAACCUUUCCAGGAAUCAGUUGAAUGGUGGACUUCCUGAAAAUUUGACUAGUCUGAGGCAUCUUUCGUCCCUUGAUCUGUCCCAAAACGAGUUUGAGGGCAUCAUUCCCGAAAGCUUGGCCAACAUUUUCAGUUUGAAAUUUCUCAAUCUUUCUGUUAAUCUGCUUGAAGGCCGUGUUCCUGAAGCUGGUGUAUUUGGAAACAUAAGUUCAACUAGUUUACAAGGAAAUCCAGCUCUUUGUGGAACAAAAUUUUUCAAGUCAUGUAGCACCAGGAAUAAUCUGAAAAGUUUCCAUCAUCUCGGAAAGAAGAUAUUGUUCAUCCUUUCAGCACUUGGUUGUGUAUUUAUCCUUAUUAUUCUGCUAUUGGCAAUUUAUGCUGUACGCCGAAAGAUCAAGAAGCAGAAAACCGAAAAGCUUGAGAAUCCGAAGCUGGAUUUCACGUCAGCAUUGACCCUCAAAAGAUUUAGUCCAAAGGAUUUAGAGGUUGCUACUAAUUUCUUCAGUGAGCAUAAUGUUAUUGGUGCAAGCAGUGUAAGUACUGUGUACAAGGGCACAUUGGAAGAUGGAAAGGCAAUAGCCGUGAAGAAACUGAAUAUACACCAGUUCUUGGAAGUUUCAGAUAAAUGCUUCAACACGGAAGUCAAGAUUUUGGGCCAACUGAGGCACAAGAAUUUGGUUAAGGUGCUGGGCUAUGCUUGGGAGAGUCGUAAGCUUAAAGCAUUAAUUUUGGAAUUCAUGGAAAAUGGUAACUUGGAAAAAAUUAUACAUGACCCAGAAAAGGACAAUCCCAGUUGGACGCUAAUAGAGAGGAUUGAUUCUUUAGUUUCCAUUGCAAGUGGGUUGGUGUACUUGCACUCCGGUUACGAUUUUCCCAUAGUGCACUGUGACUUGAAGCCUUCUAAUAUUCUUUUGGAUGUUAAGAUGGAAGCACACGUGAGUGAUUUUGGCACGGCACGGAUGCUUGGAAUUCACCUGGAGGAUGGAAGCAGCAUCUCGUCAGCGUCAGCAUUUGAAGGGACUAUUGGCUACAUGGCCCCAGAAUUUGCAUACAUGAGGAAAGUAACGACAAAAGUGGACAUCUUCAGCUUCGGUAUUAUAGUGAUGGAGCUGAUCACAGCAAAAAGGCCAACAGGACUUACAGGAGAAGGAUUGCCAAUUACCUUGUCUCAACUUGUGCAGAAUGCACUUGCAUAUGGAAUCAAUGGCCUACUUCAAAUUGUGGAUCCUCGUUUAGUGCCGUAUACUACCAAGAAACAAGAGGUACUAGAAGGGCUUCUCCAUUUAGCAUUGUCCUGCACCAGCCCAGAUCCUGAGAAUCGACCUGACAUGGAAAAAGUAUUAUCUUCCCUCUUAAAGCAACGCAAAAUGAUGUGA